AUGGAGGGAAUUUCAGAAUCGUUGCUAGCUUUUGUGGAUGCAAGAUUGAGAGAGCAGAGGCACAACAAUGACCCAGUUCCUAACUAUGAAAAAAACAGCAAGUUGUUGACAGUUCAGUUUUUCCUCUAUGGAGAACUCAAAAAAGAAUCCUACCCACAUUAUGAAGGGGGGGGGACUAAGUUUUUCUGCAUCAAUGAGGGGAUUGAAGAGGGUGAUCUUCACGAGGUUGCCACUGACAUUAAACUUCAAGAGCUGUGUAGAGAUGCUCUAGCUGGUGAUAGGCUACUAGUACUAUAUGACUAUCCAGUUAAUGAUGUGGUUGAUGAUACAACUGGUGAAGAUGCUGAAAGUAAAAGCGAUAGUGAUAGUAGUGAUGGAGAUUACGAUGAAAAGGAUUCGGAGUAUGACCAGGAAGAAUCUAAAAAUGACUAUGACUUUGCAGCUGAUGACAGUGGUGGUGUAGAAGGGACUGAAAAACAUAAAGCAUCUACAUCAAGUACGGGAGCUAAAAAGCUAUCUAAUUCUUCAGUUGGAGCUAAAAAGCUAUCUAAUUCUUCAGUUGGAGCUAAAAAGGUGCAACCUACAUUACUGAAUAAGACUUACAAACCUCCAGAGAGGCCAAAGAGUACCAAAAGGAAAAAGAGUGUUGCUGAAAGAAUAAUUGAGGUUGAUGGAAAACAGAAGCUGAGUAAGGUUGGGCAAACAAUGAGUUGUAGUAUAUGUAAAAUCUCAGGUCAUAGUAGGAGAAAGUGCCCUUCAAGGACAGGCUCACAAGGGACACAAAAUGAACCAGCUGUUAUGCCCACCACAGGUCAGGGUGGAUCCAAAUAUGGCUCUUGUGGACUCACAGGUCACAACCAUAGGAAGUACCCUUUCAUUGACCCACCAGAGAGGGUUGUAGACCUUGGUAGCAAUGCUGAUGACUGUUUUGAUGUCGUAAACCUUGGAGUAAAUAUUGAUGUCUCGUCUCCUGGCAAGAGGAAGCUUGGAGACCCUGAUGAGUCCAACUACGAAGAGGCUGGUCUUCAUGAAAGCCACGUUGCGAAGGUGAAACCAGAAGCACUGCGUAGAAGCCCUAGGAAAACGCAAGCAGCUAGUUUAUCUCAACCCAUCAAAAUUCCCAAAAAUGUCCAGAUGAAAAAGGAUAUGAAAAAGGGAAAACAGAAGACCAAGACUGAUGAAAAGGAGCAGCAAGAUGCUGAACCAGAUGUAAUGUUCUUAGAGGAUCCUGUUCAUCAGGUGAAGGAACUACGGGGUAGGACAAUCAGUAUUAAUUCACCUAAUCAGGCCAAGGAAGGUAAUAAAGCCAUGAAGAGAAAAAUGAAAGGAAAUCAACAGACUAAAUCCAGCUUUCAGCUUAUUGAUGAGCCAAUUGAGGACACUCAAACGGAACUAUCCCAGGAGCCAAUCAGUAAGGUGACAUGCAAGAAGGAAAUAUCUGCAAAGGUGGUUUCUGUUGAGCUUUCUUCUGGUACAGACUCACAGAUCAAUAACUCCAAGUUUCAGGAAACUUUUGGUGAUGUUGUACCCCAGCAGUACAAGGUAUGCUAUUCACAUCAGAUAGCUCAGUUGAAAAAUGUGAAGAAGGUAGUUGUUCAGUCAAGUAUGGCCACAAAGAUGCAUAAACCAAAUGGUAAGAUUGAUUGGGGCUCACAAGCUGUCAUUGACAACAUUGCUGAACAAACAGCUAAAGCUAUUGCAAGAGGCAACGAGUUGUAUAAGAUGUGUGGAUUAAAACCCCUCCUUCCUCAACAGAUGGUAUGUUCACCAUUGGUUCUACUCAGGCCAAACCUUUAUCAGAUAUAG